AGGUGCCCGGCUUUGCCGAGGAGACCAUCUUCGUCGCCGGUGACCGCGUGACGACAGACUUGCUCGCGAUGCCGUUCUCGAUGGGCCGCAACCUGCUCUGCAUCUUCUCGAAGAAGCACGUCGACAACCCGCCAGAGCUCAAGUCGACAAAGCAGAGGCACAACCGGAUGGUGAUGAAGACGAUGCAGCAGCUGAUGACGGACGGAGGAAAGUGCAUCUGGGUGGCGCCGUCGGGAGGCAGGGACCGGCCGAGCGACGACGGAAAGUACGAGGUCGCGCCGUUCGACUCAAAGUCGAUUGAGAUGUUCCGGCUCAUGUCGGCAAAGGCGGACCGGCCGACGCACUUCUACCCCCUCUCCAUGUUCACCUACCCGAUCUGCCCGCCGCCAACCACCGUCGGCGGGGAGAUUGGCGAGCAGCGGACAGUCAAGUACUACCCGGCGGCGCUCCACUUUGGCGAGGAGGUGGACGUGUCGCGCUUCUCGGAGGGGUGCGUGACCGACAACUUCCCGGCUGGCUGCGACGCGAACUCGUCGCGCGACGAGCUGCGAGAGGCGCUCGCCAAGCACGUCCACUCGAUUGUCUCGAGCAACUACCAGGACCUCGCCGCCAAGCUCGACAUGCCGUGAGCGCCGCCCUUCGCUGCGCGGUGGCCCCGCCCCGCCGACGUGCGGCCGCCUCUCCCGCCUAAGCUUGAAGUCUCCCUCGGGGUGCCGAGACCGCGGACCGGCCAGCGGCGUGUGUGACGCGCGAAGUGUACCUGUGCAUGCUCCGCUGCGAGCAGCAGCCGCGCUGCGGCCGAUACCUCCGAGUCUCAUCGACCUCCUGCAUGUGCUCCCUCGCCGGCUGUUGGCCGGCAAAGAGGACGCCUCGGUGCGUGUGCUUGCGUACUGUUAUGGCCGCAGCCGUUUCCACAGCUCUACGGUAUUCCUGCAAAAAA